UUGGCCGCUCCCUCACCGGUCCCGGCUGUGGCGGCCCGUGAAGGUUCCAGAAGGGGCUCCGGUUCGGGCGGGCCCGGAACCGAUCGGGGCUCCCGGUCCGGGAGAACCGGAGGCUCCCGGAGGCUCCCGGAGGGGCUCGGGGAGCUGCCGGAGGAGCCUGGGGCGUGUCCGGGGCUCCCGGUUCGGUUCCGGUGGGGGCGGUACCGGCAGGGCCCGGUCGGUACCGGAGCCAUGAACGGCGGCGGGACCGCGCCGGGCCCGGUGUGGCUGGCGGUGAGCAGCUCCCUGAACGCUUUCCGUGCCUGUAAACGCUUCUCGCCUGCGCUCACCAUCGCCGAGCUCAAGUGCAAGCUGGAGCUGGUGGUGGGCUCCCCGGCGUCGUGCAUGGAGCUGGAGCUCUUUGGGGCCGAGGACGAGCCCCUGGGGACCCUGGACAGCGACGAGGCCCUGCUGGGCUCCUACCCCGUCACCGACGGCUGCCGCCUGCACGUGACAGACCGGAGCGGGGCCCGGGCCGGGCAGUUCGAGGACGUGUCCCAGGUGGCCAAGUACGAGAUGGCCGAGAGCGACUACGACAAGAGGACAGAGUCGGUGCGCUCGUUCCUGCGGCAGCGCUCGUGGGGCCGCUGGGACCGGCAGCGGGAGCAGCAGCGGCAGCGGCAGCGGGAGCAGCGCCGGGACCUGGAGGCGGCGGCGGCGGCCGCGCUCCCGCUCGGGGCGCGCUGCGAGGUCCGGGUGCCGGGGCAGCCCUGCCGCAGGGGCGCCAUCGCCUUCGUGGGUGAGACGGAUUUUAAGCCGGGGAUUUGGGUGGGGGUGCGCUACGACGAACCGCUGGGCAAGCACGAUGGAAGCGUGGACGGCCGCCGAUAUUUCGAGUGUCCCCCCAAAUUCGGGGCCUUCGUGCGGCCCCAGCACGUCACGGCCGGCGACUUCCCGCCCGAGGACGACGGCCUGGACGAGCUCUGAGGGGGAAUUCCCCCAAAAUUCCCGAAAUCCCAGAAAAUUCCCAAAAAUCCUGGAGCUUUUCCCCGCUUUUUUUGGGAAAAAAUCGCAAGAAAAUCGCCCAAAAAUGGCCCCAAAUUCGCUGUUUCCGUGUCUUUUUUUGGGGUAAAAAUGAGAAUAAAGUUGUGGGGAUGACGGGCUGGA